AUGGCAGAGGAUGGUUCUGCACAACAGUAUCUCGAGCCUCCGGCCAUUACGGCCAUCAAGAAUGAUGCCGGCUACGGAGGAGAGGCCACGCGGCACGCCAUGGAGAGGUCUUUCAGUCAGGAUAUCCAGGAGGGAACCCAAGAACUAAAGGAGGCGGCUGAACAAACACGGAAUAUCAUCCUCGACCUCAGUCUCGAUGGCCAGAUACGAUGGGUUAGUCCCUCGUGGAUCGACGUCGUCGGCACCGAUCUGGCCCACGUUCAAGGACACAAGAUCUCCGAGUUUAUUAGCGAUAACCCUGAGGUUUUCAGUGCGGCCAUCGAGGCUUUGAAGGCCAACGACUCCAAGAGUCAGAAUGUCAAGUUUGAGGUCAAGGUUGGGCCUCAUUCCGACAUGGCGACCAUGUUACAGACCGACGAUGGACAAGAACCGAGAGAAGACAACAUUGAGACCGACAAUACAGGCAAAGCAACUCUGGAGCUGGAAGGGCAGGGUAUCAUGGUGUACGACAGGUCCUCUGGAGGAGAGUCACAUACCAUGUGGAUGUUGCAGCCAGCCCAAGAACCCAUUCGAAUCGAGAUCGCCCUCCCCCGAGCUUUGGUCGAAACUUUGGGUGUGGGUGCAGAGAUCCUGGCAAAGUACCUUACAGAGCUGGCAGAAGCCGGAGCUAAUGACCCCGAGAACCAUCCGCCACCGUUGCCUGUUCUAUGUCGGGUAUGUGAGCGAUCUAUUGUCCCCUGGUGGUUUGAAAAGCACUCGGAUCUGUGCGUCCAAGAACACAAGGCAGAAAUGGACGUGCAGAUGGUGCAAGAAAAUCUCUCUGAGCACAGGCACGCCAUCGUCAAGGUACUGGACGCCUUCGAAUCCCGUCAAGGUCGAACCUCAACUGCUGAAAACACACCUUCUGCUCCGCUGCCCGAGUACAAGGGGAUGCCAAUUGGCCCGUCUCCGACGCCAUCCACCGCCGUCUCUUCCGCUUCAGGGUCCCAUAACCCCAGCCCAGUCAGGUCGCAGAGCCCCUCAACAGCCGGCAUGGGCCAUGUUAGGGCUCGUUCCUUUGUGGUGCGACGGCCUUUGGUUCGAAUCGUUGAGCUGAUUCUCGACCUCUGUGACACGGCCAUGGAGAUCAAUGUUCCUUCCAUCAAGGACAGCAAAAGUGAGGGCGAGGAUGAUUUCAAAUCACAGUCUCCGCAAUCCGAAUCGAGAAUCUCCCAGAUCACCCAGUGGCAGCCACCAAGCAGCUUAGACAACGAGCCCGGCUUGGCGGCGCUGAGCGCCGAUACUGAAAAGCUCGCUCGUGCCAAAGUCGAGGCAGUACAUCGGUAUCAGGACGUCAUCGAAUAUUCGGAACGUAUUCGCCAAGAAUACAUGGCCGAAAUCGAUGCGUGCAUCAACGAGGCUCUCAUCAAAGCAGAGCGCGUUGCGGCUGGAGAGGAGUUAUCUUCAUGCGAAAGUGAAUCUGAGGAGGAGGGCAUUCUACAAGGUAUCUUGGAAAGCCCCGGAGAAGACCUUGAGCCCACGACCAUGCCACAGCCGACACUCGACCAAUCUGAACCCGAAGCUUCGCGGAGUACGUCCUACGUCGGACUCAAAUCCAUGGCUUCCGCGCUCAGGAAUCCGCGGGACAUGCCUCAUAUCAGCAUGGCAGGGGAACCCAGACGGUCCUCAUCCCAGGCAGUCUCUACUGGUUCUAGCAGUCCAAUCGAGUGCCCUACUCCAAAGUCGCACCGGAGUAAUCUGAUUUCUCAGCCGCAACCAGUGUCGAACCGACGUUCUAUGUACGUCGAGGAUGCUAAUGAUAGCGACAGUAGCUUGCCGUCCACCUCUGUCUUAUCCCAUUGGCGAUCCGACUCCCCUGCCUCGGUAUCUGAUCAGGGGCGCCACGCCCAUUCCCAUUCAAGAGACAGGAAGAGACGCAGCAUGCACCUUCAUGGCCUCAACGCGGCCUCACCCAAUCGUCAACAUUCGCCUGGGAGGUACCCACCUCCGCCUCCUUCACCUCUUCGAAUGACCAAAUCUCGGAUUUCCAGCGGCGAAAUGGCCCACUCUCCUGUGGUGUCGCCAUUGUUGACAGCAGGUGAAUAUGUGCAAUCAGCCAAUGCUCCCGUUCUGCAUAGAAGGCAGUCGUCGAUGCAUUCAUCUGAUCUCAAGACACCCUCGUCGCCGAAACUCAAUUCCAUCAGUCAUCCGCAGCAACCUCGAGCUCAGCCGCCCUCGAUCAAAGACUUUGAGGUGAUCAAGCCGAUCAGCAGAGGAGCUUUCGGCAGCGUCUAUCUUGCCAAGAAGAAGAGUACCGGUGAAUACUUCGCAAUCAAAGUGCUACGCAAGUCCGACAUGGUUGCCAAAAACCAGGUUACCAACGUGAAAGCGGAACGCGCAAUCAUGAUGUGGCAAGGCGAGAGUGACUUCGUUGCAAAGUUAUACUGGACUUUUUCGAGCAAGGACUACCUCUACCUGGUCAUGGAGUACCUGAAUGGAGGAGAUUGUGCGUCGCUGGUUAAGAUUCUGGGUGGACUAAGCGAAGACUGGGCGAAGAAGUACAUCGCGGAAGUCGUGCUUGGAGUAGAGCAUUUGCACUCCCGAGGGAUUGUUCACCGUGACUUGAAGCCGGACAAUCUGCUAAUCGAUUCCAAAGGUCACUUGAAGCUCACUGACUUCGGUCUGUCUCGUAUGGGUCUCGUCGGUCGCCAGAAACGUGCCCUAAAACAGCCCGAAGAAGCAGUUCCCGACCUUCUGAAGCACGGCCCUUUUACACAGCCAGGGUCCGGUUCCGGCCCUACAUCUAGAUCGACGUCUUUCGACUAUCAAGGGCCUCACUCUCCGGCACCUACGCCACUUAUGACGCCUGCCUUCACCGGUGGUUUGGACCAACCCUCCUACUUCAGUCUGAAUCGUGAAGGCUCUCUCAGCCGAGAAACAUCCCUGAGGAAUUCAGGCUAUCGCAGUGACAGUGGUAGCGGUUCGAGCUUCGAUCUCCAUCAGCUCUUCAAGAAACUUGGUGUGCAGGAAGACACUGAAUCUCCACCCCAGCUUUUUCCGCGGAAAAUCGAAGAAGAGGCUUACAGCCAAGGUAGUGCUUCACCCGACCUUUUCCCACUGUCACAAUCCAUGAGCAACAUCUCCCAAAUUCCCGCCGCUCCACCUUUGUCAUCUCAGAUCUUGGGACCGCCGCUCUUCGAGCCGGAAGAAAGCGAUCGCCGCUUCGUGGGCACGCCAGAUUACCUGGCUCCCGAAACAAUUAAUGGCGCCGUGCAAGACGAAAUGUGUGAUUGGUGGUCCCUGGGCUGCAUCAUGUUCGAGUUCCUUUACGGCUAUCCGCCAUUCAAUGCAGAGACCCCGGAACAGGUCUUUGACAAUAUCGUCAACCGGAGAAUUGCCUGGCCCGAGGACGACGAAGAGAUUGAAGUCAGCCCAGAAGCCAAGGAUCUCAUCAACAAAUUGAUCCAGCUGGAUCCGACGGAAAGGCUGGGCGCCAACAAGGACGAGAAAUACCCAAGUGGCGGCUGUGAGAUCCAGGCACACCCUUGGUUUGCGGACAUCAACUGGGACACGCUCCUCGAAGAUGAGGCUCAAUUCAUCCCGAAUCCCGAGCACCCAGAAGAUACAGAGUAUUUCGACUCGCGCGGUGCCACCCUUUCAUCCUUUCCUGAGGAGCUGGAGGACCAAAUAUCACCAUCUGGAACCACGCCAAAUGGUUCAGACAUCUCCAGUCGUCCACAUGAUGCUCUUUUCCGUGUCCGGACGCAGGCCAGUUCUGCUAAGCGUGGCCUCAUGCCACUCCAUAUUCCCCCUCAUGUCAUGCGUGAUUCCCGCAGUAGGAGGUUGAGUGAGCCUGUCAUUGCCGACGACUUUGGCAACUUCAAUUUCAAGAAUCUGCCAGUACUGGAGAAAGCCAACAAGGACAUAGUAGAGAAAAUGAGGAGGGAAGCGAUGCAAGCACAAGCUAGAGGCUAUGCUCAAUCGCAGGCCGCACUGUCCGCCGCAAACAGCCCAGCGAUCGGCUCGCCUGGACCGUCGCUAGAAGGCAGUCCGAUGAUGCCUAUGCCUGUGAAGCGCGCGCUCUCUUUGAGCAAAGGUCAUAGACCUGGCUCGCCCUCGAGCUUGGCGACCUCCACCUCAUCACCCAGCCGGCCUUCGCAGCCAUCGUCCCCGCUGUUGGUUCAAUUCUCUACUGCGCAACAUCAUGACCGACGUAAGACGUCUGGGUCAUCGCAAGGAAGCAGUUCUCUCGCCCCGAACAGCUUCUUUGAUAUCCCUCAUGACGCUAUCAAGCAUGGGCAGCAGGGCACUUCUUCUCCCAUCAAACCAGGCCGCCUGCAGUCAGUGUCACCGGCCAAAGCAAUGCCUCCGCCACCACGAUCUGCAACACUCAAUGGGCGGAACAGGUCACAAACCGUUGGUUCGCAGGAGAGUGACGGACAGGGCAUCCAGCGAGAGGCAUUCGUUCCCGGUCAUCACAAGCGCAAAAGCCAAUUACUUGUGCGGGACGUCUCACCUUCAUCGUCGGAUAAUGAGUCGGCCCAAGCUAAGGCGCUGCUGAAAGUGCAGCGCCGCCGGCAAAGCUCGAGAAGACUUUCCCAGAUCAAUUUUCUGGACGGGCCUACAUACCGGCCUUUGGACGUGUUGAUAUGUGAGGACCAUCCAGUGUCGAGACUGGUAAUGGAACGGCUGUUUGAGAAACUGCGAUGUCGCACCAUCACCGCGACUAACGGACCAGAUGCUUUACGCCUAGCUAUCAGCCAGAUUCAAUUUGACAUUAUCUUCAUGGAGUUCAAGUUGCCGCUUAUUAGUGGCGUCGACGUUGCUCGCAUGAUCCGAGAUACGAAGAGCGCCAAUACUGCGACUCCGAUCGUCUGCAUCACCGGUUACCUGAAAGAUCUGCCUGAAGUCCACCAUUUUGAUACGCUCAUGCAGAAGCCUCCAACCACGCAGAAACUGACCGAAAUGCUGGCUAAGUACUGUGCCUGGAAACCGGCUCCUAAGGAUUUCAAAUCCGCCAUGCCUCUGACCAUUCCCCAUCCCAAUACGCGCUUCGACCCGACGACGACCCAAGAUAGCCCAAUUUCUGUGGCGUCAAGCCUUGCGCCAACCAUGCCUGAUUCAUCUUACCGAGGCUCAAGCCGAGGAGACUCCAUUAGCAGUGGCGGGUUCUUCAGUGAUUUGGAUUCUUUGAAGAACGAUGAUAUACCUGUCAUCGUUUCUCGAGCCGCCACGGAAGAGUGGGCAAAGGCUGGCCUGGGCAUUUCAGACGAUAUCGUCAUCAACCAGCGGCCUUACGUCCAAAGCGGGUAUCCCCACCUUGUCCACACAGAAUCUGCACCUCUCUGCGCUUGCGUUGAGGAUAUUGGCGGAUAUGGCCUUCGGACUCCACGGCGUCAGAAGUCGUCCGAGGCUGUCCGUCAGCGACGCGAGCUGUUUGAGAGCAGGAUAGACAGUCCUAGCGCCGCGGCGGAGGAGGGCGACGAUGAAGACGAGGAACUUGGAGACGUUCAGGUUCGAGCUCGAUCACCGAUGGGGAAACCACCGAGACCAUCGUCAAAGCUCGGCAUUGAGAUGAUGCGCACCAACAGCCGUGGCAGUGUCAUAUCUAUGAGUGAGGACCGGGCGACAGAAUCUGAAAGCCUCAGGAAGUCGCUGGAAAUCCUGGAAGAACGUAUGGAGAACCUACGGAUACCCGAGGAACCAAGUGCAGCAGCGUUGACCGAGAUCCAACCACGGAAGAGGCUCGAGAGAACCGUCUCGCAGCACUCACAUCCAGAACAAGGGAGUGUACGUUCUGCAAGUGGCCAGAUUACACCUCCGGUCAUCUUUCCUCAGGUGCCAGGAACAACUGUCGCGGAUAUCGAGAUGCUGACGCCGGUGGCUACCAAGACGAUCAAUGCCGAAGAGGAGCAGACUCCAAAGCCUCAGGGAAGUCCAUCAGGACCACAGACGACACAAUCUCGGCGCCGAAUGUGA